CAACUGCGCUCCAAGCUGAAAUUUUUCAGAUGCAAACGCUCCGCCGGCAGAGCACAGCCGAGUGAACGGCGACAGAGUUUUCCCUCAGUUCUCUUGACUGCGCCUGCUUCCUCCCCGGCAGUGAGCGUCUCUCAGGAGAAGCAAGCGGUGGAUGUGCAACGCACCGAUGCCACAGAUUGCCUAAUUAGAUUAAGCAAGAGGCUUUCCUGAGAUAAUCAUUUAGCCAGCCUUUUUCCUCUAAUGAAGCCUGCGUCGGAUAUAGCCUUUAUAACUGCAGAGGACAUCUGCCAGAAUCAGCAGCCAAAAUGCGAGAGUGGGCAUAUAGGGAUCAAUUGAAGAUGGCGUUUUACGUGUCUAAGUCACGCUCCCAGUGUGAAGUCUAUCCCUGAGGAAUUAAACCAGUUUAUGGGAAAUACUGUAUUUUUACCACUGAGGACUUAACUCGCCUUUUUUCCAAAAGCCUCUUUCACCACCGCCACCCCCUCUUGUGUGGUGUGCCCCAGAGGAAACAUGGCCAACAACUCAUUUCGUGGUUCGAAGCGAGGCCGGCAUGCCGAGGCCAAUCACGAUGGAGAUUUUAGCGUCUCGCUCAAAGAUUUGCGCUCCCUCAUGGAGGUCCGAGGAGCAGAGGGAAUAACUAGAAUCCAGGAAUGCUAUGGAGAUGUCCAAGGACUAUGUUCCAGGCUACGAACAUCACCCGUGGAUGGCUUAGGAGGACACGCUGAGGACAUUGAGAGAAGAAAAGAAGAAUUUGGACAAAACCUUAUACCUCCCAAAAAGCCAAAAACCUUUCUCCAAUUAGUGUGGGAAGCAUUGCAAGAUGUGACACUAAUCAUCCUAGAGGUGGCAGCCAUUGUAUCAUUAGGCCUUUCUUUUUACAGACCUCCAGAUGCCGAAAGAGAAAAUUGCGGCAAUGCGGCGGGAGGAGCUGAGGACGAGGGCGAGGCGGACACGGGCUGGAUUGAAGGUGCUGCCAUCCUCCUGUCGGUGGUGUGCGUGGUGCUGGUGACGGCCUUCAACGAUUGGUCCAAGGAGAAGCAGUUCAGAGGGCUGCAGAGCCGGAUAGAGCAGGAGCAGAGGUUCACCGUGGUGCGCGGCGGACAGGUCAUCCAGAUCCCCGUGUCCGACAUUGUGGUUGGAGACGUGGCCCAAAUCAAAUAUGGUGAUCUCCUUCCAGCGGAUGGUGUUCUCAUCCAGGGCAACGACUUAAAGAUUGAUGAGAGUUCUCUCACAGGCGAGUCGGAUCAUGUCAAAAAGACCUUGGACAAAGACCCAAUGCUGCUGUCAGGCACUCAUGUCAUGGAAGGUUCUGGAAAAAUGCUGGUCACAGCGGUGGGUGUGAACUCCCAGACGGGCAUCAUUUUCACCCUGCUCGGAGCCAGUGGAGACGAUGACGAGGAUGACGAAGAGGAGAAGGCUGAGAAGGAACGGAAAAAGAAGGAGAAGGAGGAAAAGAAGAAAGAAAAGGAGAAGAAAAAGAAGGAGGAGAAGGAAAAGAAAGGCAAAAAGGACAAGAAAAGCAAGUCUCAGGAUGGUGCGGCCGUGGAAAUGCAGCCCCUCAACAGCGAGGAUGGAGAAGGAGGGGAGAAGAAGAAGGUCAACCCACCAAAGAAGGAGAAGUCGGUCCUUCAGGGGAAACUAACCAAGCUUGCCGUGCAGAUCGGCAAAGCAGGCCUGUUCAUGUCGGGGCUCACGGUCAUCAUCCUGAUCUCUCUGUUCCUGAUGGACACCUUCUGGAUCCAGGGCCUGCCGUGGAUCAAGGAGUGCACUCCCGUCUACAUCCAGUUCUUUGUCAAGUUCUUCAUCAUCGGCGUCACCGUGCUGGUGGUCGCUGUGCCUGAGGGGCUUCCCCUCGCCGUCACCAUCUCGCUCGCCUACUCCGUCAAGAAAAUGAUGAAAGACAACAAUCUAGUGAGGCACCUGGAUGCCUGUGAGACCAUGGGCAAUGCCACCGCCAUCUGCUCAGACAAGACGGGCACCUUGACCAUGAACAGGAUGACGGUGGUCCAGGCCUUCCUCGGGGGCAGACACUACCGGAAGGUUCCGGAGCCAGACCUCAUACCGACCAAGAUCCUGGACCUGCUCAUCAUGGGGAUAGGGAUCAACUGCGCGUACACCACCAAGAUCAUGCCUCCAGAGAAGGAGGGCGGUCUACCGCGCCAGGUGGGCAACAAGACCGAAUGUGCCUUGCUGGGCUUCUCCCUGGACCUGCGCCGAGACUACCAGACCAUCCGCAACCAGAUCCCUGAGGAGAAGCUCUACAAAGUCUACACCUUCAACUCUGUCAGGAAGUCCAUGAGUACCGUGCUGAAGAACGCAGACGGCAGCUACAGCAUGUUCAGCAAAGGAGCGUCCGAGAUCCUGCUCAAGAAGUGCUGCAGGAUCAUGGUUGCCAGCGGGGAGUCCAAGGUGUUCAAGCCCCGGGACAGAGAUGACAUGGUGAAGACGGUGAUCGAGCCCAUGGCCUCCGAGGGCCUCCGGACCAUCUGCCUGGCCUACAGAGACUUCCCCCCGGCGGACGGAGAGCCCGACUGGGACAACGAGACUGACAUCCUCACCGGCCUCACCUGCCUCUGUGUGGUGGGCAUCGAGGACCCUGUCCGGCUUGAGGUCCCAGAUGCCAUUAAGAAGUGCCAGCGCGCUGGCAUCACCGUGCGCAUGGUUACCGGGGACAACAUCAACACAGCUCGCGCCAUUGCCUCCAAAUGCGGCAUCCUUCACCCUGGGGAGGACUUCCUGUGUAUCGAGGGCAAAGAGUUCAACCGACGGAUUCGCAAUGAACUGGGAGAGAUUGAGCAAGAGCGUAUUGAUAAGAUUUGGCCCAAACUGCGUGUUCUAGCGAGAUCCUCCCCAACUGACAAGCACACUCUAGUGAAAGGUAUUAUUGACAGCACUGUUCUAGAACAAAGACAAGUGGUAGCUGUGACAGGAGAUGGAACUAAUGACGGGCCUGCCUUGAAGAAAGCUGACGUUGGAUUUGCAAUGGGCAUCGCUGGCACAGACGUGGCCAAGGAGGCCUCAGACAUCAUCCUGACGGACGACAACUUCUCCAGCAUUGUCAAGGCCGUGAUGUGGGGGAGGAACGUGUACGACAGCAUCUCCAAGUUCCUGCAGUUCCAGCUCACCGUCAACGUGGUGGCCGUCAUCGUGGCCUUCACUGGGGCCUGCAUCACACAGGACUCUCCUCUGAAAGCCGUGCAGAUGCUGUGGGUGAAUCUGAUCAUGGACACCUUGGCCUCCCUGGCCCUGGCCACCGAGCCCCCCACAGAGGCCCUGCUCCUGAGGAAGCCCUACGGCCGCAAGAAGCCCCUCAUAUCCCGCACCAUGAUGAAGAACAUCCUGGGCCACGCUGUCUACCAGCUCACCAUCAUCUUCACCCUGCUCUUCGCAGGUGAGCGGAUUUUCGACAUCGACAGCGGCCGGAACGCGCCUCUCCAUGCUCCACCCUCGGAACACUACACCAUCGUCUUCAACGUCUUUGUGAUGAUGCAGCUGUUCAACGAAAUCAACGCCCGCAAGAUCCACGGCGAGAGGAACGUGUUUGACGGCAUCUUCAACAACCCCAUCUUCUGCUCCAUCGUGUGUGGAACAUUUAUCAUUCAGAUUGUUAUUGUGCAGUUCGGUGGAAAGCCCUUCAGCUGUGUGAGACUGACCAUUGACCAGUGGCUCUGGUGUGUUUUUCUGGGUGUUGGCUGUCUUUUAUGGGGCCAGCUGAUCUCCAGCAUCCCCACCAGCCGCCUGAAGUUCCUGAAGACGGCCGGCCACGGCACGCAGCAGGAGGAGUUCCCUGAGGAGGAUCAGGAGGAGAUGGAGGACAUGGAUGAGAUCGACCACGGCGAGAUGGAGAUGAGGAGGGGCCAGGUGCUGUGGUGCCGCGGCCUCAACCGGAUCCAGACCCAGAUCCGUGUGGUCAACGCCUUCCGUGACACCAUGUCCCCCUACGAGGGCCUGGAGACCCCCGAAUCACGCAGCUCCAUCCACAACUUCAUGAGCCACCCGGAGUUCCGGAUACAGGACUCCGAGCCUCAGAUCCCGCACAUCGAUGACACCGAGGGUGAGGACGAACCUCCCACUAAACGCAACUCCGCCAUCCCUGCGCCUCUUCCCCCGCUCUCCGCCAUCCCGACCUCGCCCAACCAGAACAAUAACGCAGUGGACCGGAUCUUUCCGCUCCACAAAGACUCAAAGACUGGCACCCUGCCCCAGAAUGCCGCUGGCCUGCCUCCGUGCCCCGGGAGCCCGCUGCACAGCCUGGAGACCUCUCUCUGAGCAGGGAGGCCAGCCACUGCUGCCCCUGGGUCCUCGAGGAGCCCAUUUAUUAGAAUGACCUACCAAACCCAACACUAAACACAACCAAGAUGGCGAAGGAGAGGGCUCUGAAGGUUUGGCAUGUACUGAAAUAGAAGACACCAAACAUUCUGGAGAGCAUCUGGGUUUUUGACCCUUGAAUGUGGUCUAGCUGUUAGGUGUUUGUAUGAAAAACUGAAAGAUUCUGAAACUUAAAAAGAAAAAAUAUUUGCUUAGAAGCUUGAAUAUAAUUAACAUGGAGUCUGGGUUUAUUGCCUCUUCUCUGCACAUCUUAAAUGGUAGUAAACAAUGCAUUGGCUAUUUAUAUUUGUAUAAUUUGAUCAAUUUGAGGCACACCUGUUUACAAGUUUGUGCUGUUUUUUCAAAGGUUGGUUGAAGACCUACCCAACACAAUGUACUAUAAGAGUACGAGGGUGAAAUGGUAAAUAUUGUAUUUUAGAUACGGCUGUAUUUAGAAUUAAUAGUUUAUUUUGAAACUGCAAUGUUUUGCCUGCAGUUUCUAUUUGGUAUUUAUUUGUCCAGGUACAGUACUUUAAAAAAAACUAAAGCAAGAUACAAAGACUUGUGUAGAAAAGUGUUUUAAAGAUGUGGUCAUGGGGUCAAUAAGGUAUAAGUGGGAUACCAAGAGAACAUCCACAGAUAUCUAAGAUGGCUUAUCUACUCUGUAUAUAAUUUAUUUGUUGUUCUCAACUAGUUCCAAAGCUACAUUUCAUAUUCAAUUGAAAGUGGUCAUGUUCCUGUUUUUCAGUGGUGUGGUGUUGGCUUUCAGUCUUCACAUCUAUGCCACUGAUGCACAGACUUCUCAUUAGUGUUAAUGAACAAAGGUAAGACCAUGAAUGUGUUCAUGUUUAGGCAGGAUUAAAGUGUGGAAGGAUUCUAAUUCUGUUAUUGUUCCAGAUUUGUAUUUAUAGAGAAUUGCAUAAAGCAAGUGGACCUUUAUGGUUUUAAGUUUAGGAUUUUGUCUGAGUUCUAGGUUGUUGUUGGGCAUUCGGAAAUCUCUUAACUGUCAAUUUGUUGAAGGAUAACCAGAAACCAGGGAGAAGUUUUGCAAAGUAUAAUCAAGGAAGCUUACUUAGAUUUCUGAAGGCUACAAUCAGUCAAUUUACUAUUAUCUUUGAGGAGAUGUUUACAUCCUUUAUCAUUAAAUGAAUCCAUCUCUUCUUGUCAUGAACUUUGGUCAACAUAUUAGCUGAUAGCUGAUGAACAUAUUCACACUGCAAAAUAUCUUGUGGGCAAUGUAGUUUAAGAAUGAGAAGAGACUUAGACAGAGCACAGAAUACUUUAUUGCACUAAAUGUUAGAGAGACUGGAUAUUAUGUAUAUAGCUUUGUACUGGAUCUUUUUAGAGAUAAGCCAAAGCUUUCAUGACUCAGAAAUAUGAGGUUUAUGGGUUGGGGGCAGGUGCAGCAUUAAAACAAAUCUUUGCAUUUUUUGUCAAGCCUAUCAUAAAAAUACUAUCAUAGUCAUAACUUGUUAGUUAGUUGUUUGUCAACAAGAUUGUAGGGUUCAUUGAUAUUGGGUGCAAUUCAAAUAAACCCUUAAAUAGAAAAACACUGAAACAAAUGUUUUGAGAUAUGUUUUUGUUUUUAAGAUGGAGGGUUGGGUAUUUCAAUACACCUCUAGAAAAAUAUCAAGACUUGUUGACUUGCUUCUGACCAGUUAAAAUCUUAAAAGUUUAACUGCAAAUGCACCCUUGGUCCUUGGUUAUGUAACUUCAAACCACAUCUAAUGAAAGCAGUAGUGAAAAAAAUACUAUUAGAGGGAGAAAAUUGGUGAAGGUCAAAUUGUCAUUUUUUUGGUUUCUCAGUAGUCUCAUUCCUGAACAGGGAAUGAAUUUAAUCCAUCUCUUUAUGGAUUAUGUUUUUUUUUAAUCUCACUAUUUGGUAAUAAAGUACUUAAUGUCUGUUUAUCUUCAGCAGUGUAAUAAUGUGGUCGAUAUUCCUUUUUGAAACUUGUCGAGUAAUGUCUAUGGUUUUUGAAAAUAAAAGAUGAAUAUUUAGCUUA